AUGUUACCAUCACGACAACCUCAGUCCUUUGCGAACGCGAGUCUAGCCCGAGCCACCCAGAGACGAAAUUACGUCGAUCUUCCUGCUCUAGACAAGAAAUGGCGGGAGAAGUGGGAAGCCUCCAAGGCUUCUUCCACCACCGCAGCGGACUCUGGCAAACCGAGCAAAUAUGUCCUUCCCAUGUUCCCGUACCCGUCAGGCGUCUUGCACCUCGGCCAUUUCCGAGUCUACACGAUCGCCGACGUUCUCGCUCGAUACCACAAGUUACAAGGCUCUGAAGUAAUGCUGCCAAUGGGCUGGGAUGCCUUUGGAUUGCCGGCUGAAAACGCUGCCAUUGAACGUGGAAUCGACCCCGCAGUCUGGACUAAGUCCAAUAUAGCCAAGAUGAAGGAGCAGCUGGAGGUCAUGAACGGCACAUGGAACUGGGAAAGGGAGCUCGCCACUUGCGACCCCGAAUUCUACAAGCAUACCCAGAAGCUCUUCUUGAUGAUGCUCGAACGAGGUCUGGCGUACCAAGACGAAGCCGAGGUCAACUACGAUCCCGUUGACAUGACUGUUCUAGCGAACGAACAAGUUGACUCGAACGGAUGCUCUUGGAGGUCAGGCGCCAAGGUUGAGAAGCGCAAACUCAAGCAGUGGUUCUUCCGCAUCUCCGAGUUCAGAGAGUCGCUGUUGAACGACUUGGAUACUCUGGCCAAGAACGAAGCGUGGCCCGAGAGAGUCCUAGCUCAGCAAAAGAAUUGGCUUGGAAAGUCCACGGGCGCCAUCAUCAAGUUCCCAGUCUUGGCCAUGGGACAUGACAUUCACGCCGGCAUUGAGAUCUUUACGACUCGACCAGACACUCUGUUCGGUGUUCAGUACGUUGCGCUGGCUUCAACGCACCCUAUUGUGACAUCCUUGGCCAAGAGCGAUCCGGAGCUGCAGGCUUUCUUGGAUACUCUUCCGGGAUUGCCUCGCGACUCCAAGGUUGGCUACUUGCUUCCGCAUGUGAGGGCUAUCAACCCCUUGGCUUACCAUGAGAACACACCGGAUGCUACGAAGGCGUCGAUCCCUGUGUACGUUGCGCCGUACGUCCUCGGAGACUAUGGCGAAGGUGCCGUCAUGGGAGUUCCUGGCCAUGAUCUCCGCGACAAUGCCUUCUGGAAAGAGCAUCACUAUGACGAGCCUGUGAGAUUUGUCUUGGCAGCGUCCGAGGACGAGUCCACAUCUGCAAUGGCGAAUGAGCCAUUUGUUGAGCAUGGAGUCAUGUCAGCUAACAGCGGCCCGUUCAAGGGCAAGUCUUCCGAGGAGGCAGGCCGCAUGUUGGUUGGAAUACUUGAGGCAGCAGAGCUGGCCAAGCCAGUCGAGAAAUGGAGGCUGAGAGAUUGGCUGAUCAGCCGCCAGCGAUACUGGGGAGCACCCAUUCCUGUCGUCCAUUGCGGCUCUUGUGGUCCAGUACCUGUCCCGGAUGAUCAGCUCCCCGUCAAAUUGCCUGUCGUGGACGAGCACUGGACGAAGGGAAAGCCCGGAAACCCCUUGGAGAGAGCCGAAGAUUGGGUCAACACCAGCUGUCCCAAGUGUGGUGGUCAUGCCAAGCGGGAUACCGAUACCAUGGAUACCUUUGUGGACUCGAGCUGGUACUUUGCGCGUUUCGCCGACCCUCAUAAUGUAAAUGAGCCCUUGUCGGCUGAAGCGGCAAAGAACUUGCCCGUCGACUUGUACAUUGGCGGCAUAGAGCACGCUAUCUUGCAUUUACUCUACGCCAGGUUCUUCUACAAGUUCAUGGCAACAACGCCGCUGUUCCCAGCCUCGGCAGAAGGCGCGAUUCAUGAGCCUUUCAGCCGAUUGAUUACCCAAGGUAUGGUACAUGGCAAGACUUUCACCGAUCCGAAGACUGGGAAGUUCCUCAAGCCGGAUGAGGUGGAUUUGACGGACCCCUCGAACCCCAAGGUUGUCGCUACUGGAGACACAGCAACUGUAUCCUUCGAGAAGAUGUCCAAAUCCAAGUACAACGGCGUUGAUCCAUCCGAAUUCGUGGCCAAGCAUGGUGCCGAUCCUGCACGAGCUCACAUGCUCUUCCAAGCCCCUGUCAGCGAGGUCCUUAACUGGGAUGACAACAAGAUCAGUGGCAUUACCCGAUGGCUCCAAAGAUUGCAUGACCAUGCAGAGAAGAUUCAGAAGUCGGGUACUGAGGCAACAUCCGUCAAGGCGUAUUUGGAGGAACGUUCAAAUACCUUGUCCCAGAAGGCUGAGGAUCUGGCCAUUUGGGAUGCUGACGCCGCCAUCUGGAGGGCCGUCCAAGGAGCAAUUGACUCCACCACCCAGUCUUACGAGGCAGUGUAUCCUAUGAACACUAUCAUUUCGGACCUGAUGAGCCUGACCAACACUUUGUUGGAGAAUACCGGUGCAAGCGCAUUCAUUCAGAGGGAGGCCGUCUCGGUCCUCCUUCGAUUGAUGGCUCCUAUCACUCCGGCCUUUGCUGAAGAAUGCUGGAGUAUCCUCUACCCGAACGGCGGCUCCAUCUUCGCAUCCUCCUUCCCGGUGAAGGAUAACACCGAGUCAAUGUUGACACCCCGGAGGCAGCCUGUGGCGAUCCAAAUUAACGGUAAGCUGCGCGGUGUCGCCGAGGUUCCUACUCCUCCCUCUGGUCUGAAUGGCGAUGCGCUAAGGGACUGGAUGGUCGAGGAGGUCAUGAAGUCGGAGGAGGGCAAGACCAAGUUCUCAGGUGGCCAAUAUGACAUUAGAUCCCCCAAGAGAGUCAUCGUCGCUCGUGGUGGUAAGACGAUGAACUUCUUGGUCUAA